UGGCUCUUAAUCGUUCACGAUUGACUCCAGAAUGACGUAUCUCUCAAUUUUCUUCUUGGCGUGCGUAUCCUUGGCAAGUGCUGAAUAUGUUCGUGUAUGUUACUACACGAACUGGUCUCAGUACAGACCUGUGCCGAUGAAAUAUUUCCCUGAAGAUGUCGAUCCUUCUCUCUGUACCCAUGUUAUCUACGCGUUUGCAAAGAUUGGAAAUGGGAACAAAUUGGCACCGUACGAAUGGAAUGACGAUAAGAUGUUUCUGAGAUUUGCUGAAGUCAAACGGAAAAACCCCCAUCUUAAGCUUUUGCUUGCAGUCGGGGGCUGGAAUCACGAAAAUGGUGCUGUGAGUAAAUUCUCCACCAUGGUUAAGACAGCUCAAACACGAAAGGUUUUCAUCGAUUCAUCAAUCGCUUUCCUUCGUAAAAACGGUUUUGAUGGCUUUGAUUUGGACUGGGAGUAUCCUGCCGGCCGUGGAAAUUCUCCCCCCGGGGAUAAACAACGUUUCACCGCCCUUUGCGACGAGCUCGUAGCCGCGUUCGAAGCCGAGGCUGCGGACUCUGGUAAGGAGCGCUUAUUGUUGACGGCCGCAGUGCCUGCCGGAUUCCGUAGCAUUGACGCCGGAUAUGAAGUCGACAAACUUGCAAACAGCCUCGACUUUAUUAACUUGAUGACGUAUGACCUUCACGGUAAAUGGGACAAGAAGACUGGACACCAAACUGCGAUGUAUGGCAACGACAAACUUACUGUCAGGUACGCUGUUGAGCACUGGAUGAAGAAGGGCAUGCCUGCCCAAAAAAUUGCCCUCGGCAUGGCUACCUACGGACGGGCAUUCAAACUUGUGAAUCCCAGUAAUAACGGACUGAAUGCUCCAGCCAACGGCAACCCACCACGAGGCAAGUACACGCGUGAGGCGGGAUUCUUGUCAUACUACGAGAUAUGUAAAAUGCCGCUGACCGUCGUGAAGAAGAACGCUGCCGGCGCACCGUAUGGUUAUUCUGGAAACAUGUGGGUCGGCUACGACACACAGGAAAGCUUGAUGCAAGACAAAGUUGGCUUAGUUAAAGAAAAAGGCCUUCUUGGCGCUAUGUUCUGGGCUCUCGAUUUGGAUGACUUUAAGGGUAGUCAAUGUGGCGAAGGAAAAUAUCCACUGCUUACUGCUGUGACCCGUGCCUUGGAGGGAGGUGUUAUCCCACCUAGACCUACUACCCCGCCAACGGAGCCCACCGAACCCGUCGAACCAACUAAACCCGUCGAACCCACUGAACCAGUUGAGCCGACCCCUGAGCCAACAAAUCUACCUCAGCCCGGAUCGUGUGUCAGUAUUCCUCCGUACAACUCAGAUAGUAUGGAUGCUUGGUGCAAUGCUAAUUGUGCUGUAGGAUACUGCCCUGCAACUCACUGCAAGUGUAACUAAAGAAUAUAUGCAGUAAAAAAUAAAAUAAUUUGAAACCAGAAAA